AUGUCCAAGGUUUAUACUUAUCAAGAAAUUGCUGAACACAACACCACUGAAUCUUGUUGGAUUGUCAUCGAUGGUAAAGUUUACGAUACUACUAAAUUCUUAGAUGAACAUCCAGGUGGUGAUGAAAUUAUUUUGGAUUUAGCUGGUCAAGAUGCUACUGAAUCAUUCGAAGACAUUGGUCAUUCUGAUGAAGCUUUAAAAAUUUUGAAAAAAUUAUACAUUGGUGAUUUAGACAAGACAAGCAAACCUGUUGAAGUUGUUUCUGCUUCCUCUACUACAAGUGAAGAAGCUUGGCAAGGUAAUGCUAACUUGGUUAUGAUUAUUGCUGCUUUGUUUUUCGCUGUUGCUUAUUACAUCGCUAACAACAAAUAA